UUGCGUCACUUGUUUCACAUCUUAUUUUACUGUUGAGUGAGACUUUGGGAGGGAUUGAUUCACUAUUUUGCAUUGAUUGUUGAGGAUGAUCCUUUAUUUCCAGUAGCGUAUUUUUAGUUGCAUGCGGUUUAUUUAAAUGACUUUUAUCCAGCCGUGCUUACCUGAGGACUGGCGUGUUUUUCUUUGCCCGGACCACUGCGGGGAGGAGACUUAUAAAGCUGGAGGAGUACAGCUUUUCAAUCUAAAAUCAAUUAAAACAACCGAAUAGUUCAAACAAACCUUAUCAGAGGACCGGCUGAUCCGCCGUCAUGAGCCUCCAACCGCGGAGGAUCCGCCUGAAGCCAUGGCUCAUCGCCCAGGUCAACAGCAGAAAGUACCCAGGCCUGCAGUGGCUAGGGCCGGAACAGAAGCUCUUCCAGAUCCCCUGGCGCCACGCCACCCGCCACCUGCCUACAGCUGAGGAGGAAAACACCAUCUUCAAGGCCUGGGCUCUCGAGACAGGGAAGUACCAGGAGGGGGUGGAUGAGCCUGACCCAGCCAAAUGGAAAGCCAACCUGCGGUGUGCCCUGAACAAGAGCCGUGAGUUCAAGCUGAAGUAUGACGGCACCAAGGAGACACCCGUACAGCCGUACAAGAUAUACGAGGUGUGCGACCAACCGAUUACAGGAGAUGGAGGUGAUGAAGAUGAUGAAGAUGAAGAAGUAAAGUUGAUAUUUCCUCUACUAGCAAUAGUUUUCAUCACUAAGCAAACUGAAACCACAUGUACAGUUCACUUUUUUUGUAAUUUUAUUACUGUGACUGAUUCAAUUAACUUAAUUACAUUUCUCUACUUUCAGCUUCCAAACAUUGUUGACCUAUCUAUUGACAAUCGGAUCACUGAGGCUCCCAGCUACUCAAAACUGCAUGCACUUAACAAUGAAGUACCUUUCAUCCGGUCCCCAGUGACUGAUGGCUACGUCUCGGCCCACCUCUCGAUGAUGCCGGUCCCUGGCCACCUCAAUGGAGGCAUCUCCAUGUCAGCCGUCGCACCAUCCGCCAUGGCCCUCCCGGAGUAUCCAUGCCACGUUCCGUUAGCAGCAGACCUGAGGCAAGGCGGCUUCACGCACAGUGGCAGAGGAGGCAGUGUUAUCGCUCAAGGACAAACGGACGCACCUGUGACUUCGCUCCCAGUACCCAUUGAGGACAGCCCCAUGCCGGAGGUGCCGCAGGGGCAGCCCUGCAUUUACGACCUGCUAAGCAGCCCCCACAUGCUGCCCCUGACUGACCUGGACAUCAAGUUUCAGUACCGAGGCAGGACGGCUGGCUCGCUGACCGUGAGCAAUCCCCAGGGCUGUCGGCUGUACUACGGAAACCUGGAGGCCACUCCGGAGCAGGUGGACCUAUUUGGGCCAGUGACUCUGCACCAGGUUCGGUUCCCCAGUGCUGCUGAGAUCCCUAAUGAGAAGCAGCGCUUCUACACGGAGCAUCUGUUAGACGUGAUGGACCGUGGCCUCAUCCUGGAGAUCCACGGGCAAGACAUCUAUGCCGUCCGCCUUUGCCAGUGCAAGGUGUUCUGGUCAGGGCCGGGAGUGCCGGAGCAAGCCAUGCCCAACCCCAUGGAAAGGGAGAAGAAGAUCCGGGUGUUCAGCCUCGACACGUUCCUCCAUGAGUUGAUCAUGUACCAAAAAAGCGAAACGCCAACCCCGCCUCCCUUUGAAAUCUACUUCUGUUUCGGAGAAGACUGGCCAGACAAGAAGCCCAAGGAGAAGAAGCUAAUAAUUGUCCAGGUGGUUCCGGUGGUGGCCCGGAUCCUGACGGAGAUGUUCUCGGGCGAGCUGUCCUGGUCGACGGACAGCAUCCGUCUACAGAUCUCCAACCCUGACCUCAAGGACCAGACAGUAGAGCGCUUCAAGGAGCUGCACAGAUUGCUGCAGAGUCAGCAUGUUCAGGCCCCAUGGAUUCCUCCCACCCAACAGAUUGGUCACUAAACCCUCUCUGCAACAUUCCCCACACCAGGACAGUCUCUCCUACUCUUCUUGCUGGAGAACAUCCAUACUGUUCCAUCUGCUGGCAGCUGGUCUAAACGCAGCUGUGGUUCGGCUGUGCAGGCCCUGGAUCAAGGCUGUUUACUAAAUGUACUUGCUAUUCUCUAUGAACUGUUUGAGUGUACAGCUUCAUGUUUGAAUUUAAUAAUGGAAGGAAAAAAAUAAAGUUUCUUUAAUAAAACUGAGAGGCACCGGA